AUGUCUUCAGGCUACGGCUCCGAUUUACCAACACCCUUCGAUGAGGAACCAAGUGAUUCGCAACAUACGAUGCGUGAGAAGAAACCGGACUCAUCCGAUGUGCACCUCGCUGGUCUCAGCUAUGUGCAUUUUGCCAUCAUCUAUGUUGAUCAUAGUGGCAAGCUCGGCUUCGAAGCUUCUCCGUCUAUCGCAGAUAGCUGCCAGUCAAUCCUGUCUCCCAGUGUAACCGAGACCUUUCUGAGGGCUGUUGCCAUAUCGAGCAAAGAUAGCCUCUCAGGAUCUUCGAGCCCAGAUUUUUCCUAUACCGCUUCAGAAGCGGCCAGAGAAGGAAGCCCAUUAUCCCCGCAGUCACUCGACAUCGCAGGGACCGAUAUCUUGACGAGAAAGGAAUCGAUUUCCAGCCUCGAAACGCAGCGCAAAUACACGAAUGAAGUUGAGACGGAGACUCCACUAGAGAAGUCUCAUGCUGGCAGCCGUCACGCCAAGAGAAAGAAAGUUUCCCAUGAAUGUAUGGUGGCCAUCAAUAUUACCUGCAAUCAGAGGGCUAUGCUGCCGCUUCGGGACCAGAGGCGCCUGCGCAGAUACUACGAGAAGGCAUUCGAGAGUCUGCAGCAAAUCAACUGUCGAACCAUUGCUAAAGCAUAUGUCAAACUCGUCGAGCCCCGGAAACAGGUCAACUACCCUUACAAUGGGCGCAAGCUCAUCGCUGGAGUUUCCCGGCAGCUAGAUCCCGAGUUGACAAAGCCAGCUUGGUGGCCAUCUGGUGUAACGCAUAAGGAGCCUGAUCAUCUUCCAAAAGCAGAGAGAGUCCGACUGCUCAUCCACAUUCUGUGCGAGCUUCGCGACAGCCGUGGAAUCACUGUCGGUAAGCUCCGAGAAGCGGACCAGUCUAUCCGCCGUCAGAUCACGCCCUCGGAGCGUCUGCAGGUGCUAGAUGAGAUCUAUCGCGUCCGGGAAGACGAAGAGAGCUUCCUGAACGGCCAGCUUGAUCCACAAGCAGCAGUAUACGUCUCUCGCGCUCACCUCCCAGAUGACAUGGACAGCAGCAUCGGCGGUUCCCCCGGAGCCCCAAUUAACGACUCGGAUAUGAAUCGAUUAUACAGAAAGGAAGCCUUCGACAUGGAAACCCACACCUCCGUCUUCCCAUCCAUGGGGAACCUCAUGAGUCACACCGAAUCAGCAAAUAGCAGGAGCGAAGACACCAUCACGCAUACCAGCUGGGACUCCUGCCCCCCAGCCUCCUCAAUACCCUCCCUCAGAGUCCCGCAGCGAGGCCACGACGCAGCAACCGCACUCUCCGUACCCAGUCCAUCCAUCCCCUUGUUCCACCAGGCGGCUCCUCCAAGCAUCCAUUCCUUCCCCUUAAGAUUCUACCAUGACCCGAGCAUCAGCCACGGGCAACAACAGCAAACUAGCCUGGACAUGAGCGUGCCCACUCCAGACGUAGGACACUGCGCCCACCCAUACUAUUUCAACUAUUGA